AGGGCGAGGACGGCGACUGGAGCGACCGGCCCAUCCUGACGGCCGACAACCGGACCACGUUCGCCGUGCACAACCUGCAGCCGUUCACCGCCUACAGCUUCCGCGUGACGGCCGUCAACGGCAUGGGCGCCUCGCCGCCCGGAGAGGCCUCCUACCACAUCAUCACACUGCGCGAGGCUCCCGGCGGGAAGCCGGUGAUUCUGGCGGCGCACAACACGAGUGCCACCUCUGUGCGCCUGCGGUGGCGGCCUCUGGCGGCCGACCAGCUGCGCGGAGAGUUUCAGUCGUACCGAAUCACCUAUCGAGAGAGAAACGCCACCGGCGACCGGCCGCGGGAGGUGCGCAUACCGGACGAGGAGACCCAGAGUCACACCAUCACCGGCCUGAGGCCGUUCACCCAGUACCUGGUGUCGCUGCAAGUGGAGAACCCGGCCGGUUUCAGCCCCAGCACCACUGUGGUGGUAACCACUGAGGAGGGAGUGCCGGACGCGCCGCGCAACCUGACGGUGGUCAAUGUGACUGCGACGACGGCCACCAUCGCCUGGCUGCCGCCCGCGCAGCCGGCCGGCCGCAUCGAGGGGUACCGCAUCUACUCGACGUUGGGCAACUUCACCAACGCCACAUGGAUCCGCGACACGGGCCCGGCGCUGCAGUACACGCUCCGCGACCUCAAGCCCAACUCGACCUACUCGCUGGCCGUGAAGCCGUUCACGUCCAAACACGAGGGUCGCUACUCGGCGUCGGCCGAGCUGCUGACGCAGGCGGCGCCGCCCGACCCGCCGCGGCUACUGCACGCCGCCUGCGAGUCCGGCGCCGCCGUGCGGCUCUGGUGGCAGCGGCCCUCGCUGGCCGAGAGCCGCGCCGUGCGCUACCUGGUACAGAGCCAGCCGGCCGCCGGCGGCGCCGUCUCUGAGCUCCAGGUGCCCGCCAGGGAGGGACAGUACCGGCUCUCCAACCUGACGGCGGGCGUCACCUACAAGCUGUGGCUGGUGGCUGAGUCGCGUGACACGGCGGCGCUGCGCUCGGCGCCCUCCGAGUCGCGGCUGGUGGAGGCGCGCCAGCGCUGCCCGCCGGCCGGCGGCGGCGGCGGCGGCGGCGACUCGUGGCUGGACGGCGGCGGCACCACGCUGCUGGUGGGCUGCCUGUGCGCGGCGCUGGCGCUGCUGCUGGCCAUCACCGCCCUGCUGCUCUGGAGGCGCCAGUGUCGCUCGUCCUACCUGUACCUGGAGGAGUGGCCGUCGGUGCGCACCCCGCUCGACUCGGACCCGGCCUGGCUGAGAGACGGACCGAACGGCGCGCCGGCUCCGGUGGCCGCCUCCCAGUUCCCGCUGCACGUGGCCGCGCUGCACGCCGACUCCGACAUAGGAUUCUGUAAAGAAUACGAUGAGAUCCUCGAACACACCAGCAAGCUGGGUCUGCCCUCGGAAACGUCACAGGUCGAGGAGAAUAAGAAAAAGAACCGAUACCAAAACAUCGACGCAUACGACCACACGCUGGUGCCGCUGCGGCCGGUGCCCGGUCAGCGGCGCGGCGACUACAUCAACGCCAACUACAUCGAUGGCUUCCUGGUGCGCAACCAGUACAUCGGCGCCCAGGGGCCGCUGCCGCACACGUUCCACGCCUUCUGGCGACUCAUCUGGGAGCAGCGCGUCCAGGUGAUCGUCAUGAUCACAAACCUCGUGGAGCGCAGCAGGAAAAAGUGCGACAUGUACUGGCCGAAGGAGGGCUCGGAGACGUACGGGCUGAUUCAGGUGGUGCUGCUGGACGAGCGGGAGCUGGCCACCUACACGGUCCGCAAGCUGCUCAUCCGGCACUCCAAGAAGGGUCGUCCCGUGGAGCGCACCGUGUACCAGUACCACUACACCAACUGGCCGGACCACGGCGUGCCCGACCACCCGCUGCCCAUCCUCAGCUUCGUCAGAAAGUCGGCGGCCGCCAACGGCGACGGCGCCGGGCCCAUUCUGGUCCACUGCAGCGCCGGCGUGGGCCGGACGGGCACCUACAUCGUGCUGGACGCCAUGAUGAACAUGCUGCAGCAGCGGGGCUCCGUCAACGUGUUCGGCUUCCUCAAACACAUCCGCACGCAGCGCAACUUCCUGGUGCAGACCGAGGACCAGUAUGUGUUCAUCCACGACGCGCUGCUGGAGGCGCUCGACUCCGGGGACACGGAGGUCCGCGCCGAGCGGCUGCCGGAGUACCUGGAGCGGCUGCGGUCCGCGGACGUGUCCGUCUACCCGUGCCACACGCUGGACAGACAGUAUCAGCUGAUAACGCAGUACCAGGCGGACGAGUACGAGCUGGCCGCCGCGCUGGCCUCCUACAACCAGGCCAAGAACCGCAGCCGGCAGUUUGUGCCGUCCGAGCGGUGGCGCGUCCACCUGUCGCCGCGACCCGGCGUCGAGGGCAGCGACUACAUCAACGCCACGGCGCUCAUAGGCUACGAGCGGCUGCGUGAGUUUAUCAUCACGCAGCACCCGCUGACGCACACGGUGGAGGACUUUUGGCGGAUGGUGUGGGACCACAACGUGCAGACCGUGGUGGUGCUCACACCCGCCGACGACGAGGAGUACCCGCCGUUCUGGCCGACGCUGCACGAGGACAUUGACAGUGAGAGUUUCCGGGUGCGUCUGGUGGAGCAUCGGCCGUCAGCGGUCGGCUACACGGUCGAGCUGCAGCUGCAGUCCACGCAGGACGACUACCAGGUGUCGGUGCGGGUGCUCGGCUGUCCCGGCUGGCCGCACGUCUCCGAGCCGGCGCACCGGCUCAUAGACCGGGUGCAGCGCGCCACUCUCAAAUACCAGGACGGGCCGCUGCUGGUGGUCGACAGGUACGGCGGCACCGAGGCGGCCACCUUCUGCUGCCUCACCACCCUCUCCAAACAGCUGCGCGACGACGGCGCCGUGGACGUGUACAUGUGCGCCAAGCUGUACCACAUGCGGCGGCCCGGCGUCUGGCAGACACAGGACGACUACACGGCGCUGUACCACUCCGUGGAGGGCCUGGCCCGGCCGGCCGUCUCGCCCACGCCCAGCGUCCAGUCGGAGGCCGAGUCGCUGCUGCGGCCCGGCACGCUGGCGCGGCGCAACGGCAGCCUGCGCGCGCCGCCGGACGGCCGCGAGUCGUACCUGCGCGCCGACUGCGUGUGACAGCGGCCGCCGCCGGCCGCGGGACCGCCGAGCCCGCGGACGGCCGCCGCCACCAGUAUUACCGACCAGCCAAACGUUCCAUAACGGCCCGGCACGGCCCGGCAGCCGCCGCGCCGCGCCGCGCGCACCUGGAGCCUGCUUUCUCAUGUAGUCAUCGGCGUACCUGUGAUGGUGUGGAGGCACGCGCGUGCGCGGGACGUUUUGAUACUAGCUUUUGGUGCUUUCAUGGCGCGAGGCGUCCCGAGGUGCGGCUCCUCGGGGCGGGUGUGUGUGUGUGUGUGUGUAGUGUACGCCGACCUAUUGGUACGUGUCCACGAGGGCCGCCGUGAGCCGGUCGGCGAGUAUUAAUGGCCGAGUGUGAUCGGGACUCGUGGUCCAGUCGGAGGGUAAUGCAUUCCUCCCCACAGUGUUCAGUGAACUCCCGAAACAGAGUGUACGAGAGUCGCAGUCAUCCUUCAAAAGCAUUCAAAGACAUUAGCGAGUUAGCCGGACACCACCGCUGGGGUAUGUGCAUCCGUAUGACUAGUAAUUUAUGUGUGUAGAGUCAGGGGACAUCGGCCACUCGCCUCAGUUAUAGGUUACCAUGUUAUAUUUGCCAUUUGUUUGGUUGACUUGCUUUUGCGAACGUCCUGUUGCGAAUGUGGGGGGGGGGGCAGUUGGAGGGGGGCGAUGUGUUUGAGAUGAGAGCUGCUGCACGUGGUGCGUUGAAGGGCAGCUGCGGGCCGGUCGAGGUCGGGACCAGCUCGACGCUGCGGUAUCAAUAUGUGGGCCGCUCUGUGCGGGACGCUUUCCGUCGUAACCAUGAACUCAAUUGGCCGGGCAGUGGCAGCGCAGCCACCCGUGCUGUGUCCCCACUGUCGGCUGCAUUUAGCCAUACUCAUCUAACCACGCUCAUUCAUUUCCAUGCAUAUACAUAUUAAACUGUG